UUGCCCUCUUCGGCUUUCCUCUCUCAAACUCUUCUGUAUGAACUACAUGUAUGUCUAUGGAUUUCUGUAUGAUUUGUGACUACAGAAUGGUGGCUUUGGCUUUAGUCGGCCAUUGUAUUCCGUUAGAUGAGUUAUCUCCACGCAACUAGAUAUUUGUUCACUGGUACCCCAUGUGUCACGUUGGUGAGCAGUCAGCGACUGCGGCGCAUAAGCAGUCCAUUAUUGACGAGUUGAAAAGUAUUUCUGUUUCCUUUGUUUCACUGUAACCGUGAAAUAAUAUGUGCAAGUUUUUUUCCUGAGGAAAGGCCAUCAUGACUACCUUUGUUGAUAAAUAACAACAGUACAUCCUUAAGGAGGUUGGUCAAGAUAAAACCGACGGGCUCAUUGACCCAAUUAAUUACAAUCAAUCCUAUUCUCAAAACAAUACCUGACAAUCAUAUGAGCUAUCUCAUUAGCAUUUCUAUGACAAUGACAAAAAAUAGCCUUCCCUAUUAUAUUAAUCAGUCUAGAAGUCCGCGUAGACAGUCUGUUUUGCAAGUUUCAGUUACCUCUGUAGAAUCUGACUUGUUCUUAUAAACAUCUCUUAGCAUGGAUGUUACAUUAGAAAUCAUUUUGGAAGCAAAUAAGGAUUCAUUUCGAGAAGUGAUAUAUAGGAGAAAGCCAUCUUCUUUUCAAAAAAAGAAAGCCAUCUUAACAAAAAAAUUAAUCAUGGUCACUUUUCUCACAUAUCAUCAGGACCUAAACCUUAUCAAAGAAAUUAAUCUUAUUAGGCCAUGAACAUAUAUAUACAAACCUUCAAUUUCAAAUUUUAAUUUUACUUCUAUUGAACAUUCUUUGAAUGUUAUUUGCUUUACGCACCAUGUGUGGUUGGUUGAUCUUUACAGAACUGCAAAGCUCUUCUAGCCAGGUAAACAAAACACCGUCAUGGGUGAUUAUAAUUUAGUGGUGAUAAUACCUUCAGAUUUUCUUAUUCUGAUUUUUCUGUCCAUGUUCCAUCGAAGAAACUAGCACAUUAUUCUUCAGUGCAUGGGAGACAGACUUUUGAUGCUUUGACGAAUUCUAAGUUGGUCCGGUCAUUUCACUACCGUGGUUUCAUGAGUGCGAUGAUUUCCAUCCUUUUAGCUGGCUGCAGAAUAACGCAGCCCAAACUUAUCCACCGGGAAUAGGUGGUUGGUCCUGAAUGACCAAUAUUUCAAAGUUUGAUUUUUAUUUUGCGUGGAGUGUAAUACACAAGAGAUCAGCAUCAACCUUGGAGUUGCUCCAGGAAGUUUGUCCUGCUCUAUUCAAGUGGAUGUGGCUCGUCCUGUUUUCAAGGUGGUAAAUACAACAAUGGCAUUGGCGCCUAGCAAGUUCGUCCACCUGAAGUACAUGAGUAUUGAGUAUUUAGUAUUCAUGGGGCCUAUGAUUAUUUUUCUCCGGUUUCUUUCCUUGCUGCCCCUCCCACCAUGAAGACAUUCAUACUCAAUGUAGGUCACUAUUCAUUCUGCAAAUAUUUUUGAAUGCAUUCAUCCUGGAAAUAUAACAAGUCUAUUGAUCUGGCUACCAUCCAUUGAUGAAUGAUUUUUUUUCAAAACUAUCACCUUCUUUAUAGCUAAUUCGGGAACUAUAGUACCCAUUGCAAAUAUACCAGAAAUAUGACCCUGUCGGUCUCGUGGUGGUCGAAGUGGUAGUUUUCGGCCAGAACUAGGCCGAAAAGGACUUUUCGUCCAGCUGUAGGCCGAAAUGAACCUCAGUUGGGCCGAAGAGGUCUCGUCGGUUGGGGCUGGGCCGAAAAUAGUAGCUUCGGCCAGGCCUAGACCGAAGUGGGCCGUUUUCGGCCAGCCCGCAGCCGAAAAGCUUUUUGGCCAGGCGUAGACCGAAAAGGUCUGGAUAAGGCCAAUCCCGUCGUCGCCUUCCUCUUCCUGCUCGCCUCUUCUUUCUCUCGUUCCUCUCGUUCUUCUUUGUAGAGCUCCGGUCUCCUCCCUGAUCUCCUCCAAUUUGCACUCAUUUACACAACCAAGGCACAGAAUAGAUAGAUCAUAGCAUUCUCCACCGGCCUAUGGUGUUUUUUUUGUUAUGGGAUAGUUUUUUGUGCGCUUGGGGGAGGAGCCAUGGUUGGGUGGAGGAGGUCCGGUUGGGAAGGAGGUGGUGGCGAGGAGGAGCAGCAGCUGUGGAUGAGGAGGUGGUGAGGAGGAGCAGCAGCUUGGGGGGUGACCGGAGUUGAACCUCCGGCCGUCGAGUGGGUGGCGCUGCCGUUGUCCGGUGGCCGGUGCCGGUGACCGGAAGAGACGCACGCUUCGAAGGUAUAACCAUGGCGUCACAAAUUUUCUCUAAAUUGUAUAGUUUAUUAGUUAGUGUUAAUAUGUUUGUGGUGGCAUUUUAGCGCGUAGUCAGUGUAGCGGGUAAUAUUAGUGUUCGUUGUGAUUAAUGAGAAGAUGACAAUGUCUGACAGGUGAAAAUGUCUGAAUCAGUAAAUUUGACUGUUUACUACGGCGCUGGUAACGUUCGAUAUAAUGAGUUGGGAGUUGAUCUUAGCGAGUUUAAAAAUGGCGUCAUGACACUAGCAGACCCGGACAGACUGGACAUUAGACAGUUGAAGUACUGGUUGACAACUAGUUUCGAGCUUGAUCCUGAAGUAUGUUCCGUCAGUAUUCACGCAUUGUGGACCAAAUCUUGUAAAAAUGUCAAGUGGGAGUUGAUGCCGGUAGAUAGGAGCCAACAUUGGUUGUCCUUGUUAAGACGCUGCCGAGACCGAAGAAUCCACCCAUAUGUACUUGUGCAACCUGUGCCGAAGGAGGAGAAUGCUGUACAACUCCACAGGGGGUAUGAAACCGGUCAGGGCAGUGAAGUGGCGACCGAGAUUGUUUUAUCCGGGUCACAGCCACAAGAUGUGUAUGCUAGCCAACCCGAGAAAGAGUCGGAGUACGUGCCACACAAUGUUUGUGGUCCUGAUACUGGGCAGAGUAGCCAGUCGAUAAUAUUAGCUGGUUCUGGUUUUGCUGAUGGUGAUGAGGAAGGGGAUGAAAUGCAGAGGGUGAUGGAGCAAGAGGACGAGGAUGGAUUGGUGGAGGAACUGGAUUCUGAAAAUUCUGAGGAUGAAGUGGAGGUACCGAUUCCUUCUGCAUGGGAGCAGGACAUAUCCACUGGCCUUACGGUCAACGAUGGCCAUGAGACUCCAUGGCAGUAUAAUCUGAACCAAGUACAGAUAGGGGCUAUGUUUGAUACAAAGAAAAAAUUGAAGUAUGCGGUGAUAAAGUGGGCUAUGUCUACGCAGAGGGUUUUUCGGACACACAUAUCAAGUCCAACAAACUAUACCGUGAAAUGUGUUGAAACAAGUUGUCCUGGGAAGGUGCACGGGCAUGUGCCGAAGUAUGACAUCCAUUGGGUUGUCACCAUUGUCGUCCCACAUAAUUGUGUGAGGAAGAACCUGUUGGUGAAGCAUCCGAACCUGACUUCAAGUCUCAUUGCGCAACUCAUGUAUACUGAGAUAGUAGAGAAGAAAGAUAUGGAAGCAAAACACAUCCAGACAGCAGUGAAGGUCAGAUGGAAUUAUGUCAUUCCUUAUGGGAAGGCUUGGAGGGCUAAGCAGAAGGCUAUGGAGGAAAGGUUUGGGACGUUCUUCGACUCAUAUGAUAAUGUUGUCCGUCUCCUGGGCAUACUGAAGGAGAGGAAUCCCGACACUUAUGUGAAUCUACAACACAUGAGGUUGCUGAGUAUACCAGAUUUCAAGGUGUUGAAACGAGUGUUCUUCUCUUUUGGUAUGUGCAUCGAAGCUUUCCGGCAUUGUCCUCCUGUUAUGUUUGUGGAUGGUACAUUCCUGACCGGUCAGUAUAGAGGGCAAAUUCUGAUUGCUAUUGGUAUGGACGGGAACAAUCAAAUCAUCCCACUUGCCAUGGCAUUUGUGGAGGGUGAAAACUUUCUCAGCUGGGUAUGGUUCUUCCGCCAAGUGAAAAUUGCCAUCGUGAAGGACCGACCAAACGUGUGUGUCAUUCAUGACAGACAUGCUGGUAUAUUGAAGGCCGUGAAGACACUUCGUAAUCCAACAGAUGACGAACCAACACCUUGGAGGGACUUGCAGAGCCGGUGGUGCAUGCGCCAUCUUGGGGCUAAUUUUUUCUCACAGUUCAAGAACAAGCGGUUGAUGAACUUGUUCAGAAAAUUAUGCAAGCAGAGCCAACAGCGCAAAUACGAAUUUAUUUGGUCAAAACUAGAUAAGUUUAAGAAGCAGGUCCGUGCGAGGAAGAAAAUGGAAGAAGAUCAAGUUAAAUUAGCAGCACUCAUCGCGGAGCUAGAGGUGCCAGUAGGUCUUUGUGACUUGCCAGUAAUUGACCCUCCUAAUACUAAGAGAAAGAAGGGAAGAGCAAUAAAGAAUUUUUCUGAGUGGAUAGAGAAAGAGCCUCCAGUGAAUUGGUCUUUGCUGCAUGCCACACAUGGAGCUAGGUAUGGCCACAUGACAAUCAAUCUUGCAGAGGUGUAUAACUUUGUGCUGAGAGGGAAUAGAGUAUUGCCACUCACAGCUAUUGUGGAGGCUGUAUUCCACGGCACUUUGAGAUAUUUUAGAGAAAGGUACGAGUUAGCAAAGAAGCAUAUUGAAGAUAAUCAGAACACACCUUAUUGUAGCCGUGUCAUGAAAUACAUGGCAAAGAAGAUAGAGAAAGCAAAGAAGCACACUGUCAGACUCAUAGGGAAUCAAGAAAGGAGGUAUGAGGUUCAGCUUCCUACCGAUGGUUUUGGUUCUGGAAAUGAGGUGAAGACACACGAGGUAAAAAUUGGAACGGAAUUUUAUCCAACGUGUGAGUGUACAUGCAACAAACCGAAGUUGUUGCACCUACCUUGCUCUCAUGUGUUGGCUGCCUGUGGCCAGAUUGAGUUGGAUGCUAUCUCCUUCGUGUCCCCAUACUUUUUAAAAGAGGCAGUGCUCAACACCUGGACAGGCGAGAUGACAGGGUUUAGAGUCGUCGGCAAUUUUAACAAGGUAAACGACGGUGAGAGAGUAUACAUCCCGCAUCCAGACCUUCGGCGAACAAGUAGGGGCAGACGAAAGGCCCGUCGCAUCCGGAACGAUAUGGACCGGUCUGAAGCUGGUGGAGCAACCAGGCAAUGUUUGUUAUGCGCGGCUUAUGGGCAUAGGAUGAAAUAUUGUCCCGACCUGAACAAAGAUGGUGCUUCCGUAUCGACGAGUGCUUCCACAUCGACGGCUGCGACAACAAGAGCAAGAGGCGGACGUGGUCGUGGCAGUCGAGGCCGAAGGGGCAGACGAGGAAGAAAUAACUCACAAGCUAUAUAAUGUGUCGUAGGGCGAACGAGGAAGAAAUAACUCACAGGACUAUGUUUUAAUUUGUAAUAUGUCAGGACUAUGUUUUAAUUUGUAAUAUGUCAGGACUAUGUUUUAAUUUGUAAUAUGUCAGAACUAUGUUUU